ACGAAAAAUCCCCAGAUGGCAGGAUGAUUUCGACGUUUGUCGUCUCCACUUUUGUGUUGUUUGGUUGUUGAUUAAUGAGUAAUUAGGUCCGUUUUAAUCAGUCCAUGAGCGCUUUUAAUUGCCCGGCCGCAUACAUUCGCCUUGUGUCGGGACUAUGCUUUGGUGACGCACGGGUUACGGCCUCAAAAUUAAUUCGUUAGUUUCACGUCCGUUUUUUCCAUUUCUUUUUUUUGCCCGUUUCGUAUCCCGUUUCUUUAAAAGUAUGACCGAGUACAAACUGGUGGUCGUGGGAGCGGGCGGCGUCGGCAAGUCCGCGUUGACCAUCCAGCUGAUCCAGAACCAUUUCGUCGACGAAUACGACCCCACGAUCGAGGACUCCUAUAGGAAGCAGGUGGUCAUCGACGGAGAAACGUGCCUUUUAGAUAUUCUGGACACCGCGGGUCAAGAAGAGUACAGCGCGAUGCGGGAUCAGUACAUGAGAACGGGCGAAGGUUUUCUACUCGUAUUUGCCGUCAAUUCGGCAAAGAGUUUCGAGGAUAUAAGCACAUAUAGGGAACAGAUCAAAAGAGUGAAAGACGCGGAGGAGGUGCCCAUGGUGUUGGUGGGGAACAAGUGCGACUUGUCCGCCUGGGCGGUAGAUAUGACUCAAGCGAGGGAGGUGGCCAAACAAUACGGCAUCCCGUUUGUGGAGACGUCGGCCAAGACGCGUAUGGGCGUGGACGACGCGUUUUACACUCUCGUUCGCGAGAUCCGAAAGGACAAAUCGAGGGGUAAGAAACCGAAUCGGUUUGCUAGCCCCCACGGCAGAGGUUUUCGAUUUCGGUGCUCCCUGCUCUAGGCGAGAGGCAGCCGCGUUCGCGGUAGCCCUUUCCCGAUCUCUACGUGCGUCUUUCCAGGUUUGUAGUGGACAUUUUUCUCGUGAAAAGCAUCGUGACUCGUAAAAAAUUAAUAAUAAAGAAGACCCCUUGAAUUUUGUCAUAUUCUCGGGUCCGUUUUUGCCUCAAAUUAAAUUCGCUGUACAUAUUGUAAGAUCUUAUGAGAGAGAGAGAAAGUUUUUUUUUUGCUUUUUUUCUUUUUUCCUGUUUCCUUAUAAACGCACAUUGUUGUGAUGAAUUAUAUACACCUAUUUUUUCAUGCGUUUCCGCUGAGGAGGUUCGAUCUGACCUCACAGAUCCUAUUAGAUUAAUGAAAAUAAUGAAAUCCACACUUUAAGCUGUACUUAAAUUCAGUAUUCAGUGACACCCCCGCUCGCGAAACUCCCUCGAUCCUCUUCAGUCUGUAACCCAAUUCGCGUUACGCCCCGCCCCCUUAGACAUUUUCUAUGAGAUUCCCCCUCUACUAAUACAAAAUAAUAUAUAUAUUUUGCCUUUCCUAUUAUAUGAUUAAAGUUAUAAAGCAGUUUAUUAUUAGGUACAUCUUAC